CCUUGGUACUGACUGCUGUACCCAAACAAGACUUUCUGUCACUGUUGUUCACUUCUGUCCUUUAAAUUUCACAACGUCUGGACCUGGCUGAUUUGAAAGCACAGCUAUGUGUAGCUGUGUGCGGAGCACCAGGGCUCUGUCCCCUGUCCUGCUCCCUAGGCUGCUGCUUCCCCAGACUGGGUACAGACUGGCCUGCAGGGGCCUCUGGACCUCCCCCCACUGUAUGGCUGUCAGCGGAGACUCCCAGCUGCUCCCACUGCCCGGUCAGGCCCGUGUGGUGAUCUGUGGAGGAGGAAUUGUGGGGACAUCAGUAGCCUACCAUCUGGCCAAACUGGGCUGGACUGAUAUAGUGCUGCUGGAGCAGGGCAGACUUGGCGCAGGAACAACCAGACUGUGUGCCGGCAUUAUCAGUGUGGCCAAGCCUAUUUCCAUUGAGUGUCAAAUGGCAAACUACUCCAACAGUCUUUACCAGCAGCUGGAGGAGGAGACUGGAGUCAAAACAGGAUAUGUGAAGACAGGGUCUCUGUGUCUGGCCCAAAAUCAAGAUCGCUUCAUCUCUCUGAAGCGCCUGGCGUCCCGAUUAAAGGUAAUGGGGAUCAGCUGCAAUAUCAUUAAGCCUAAAGAGGUGGCCAAACUCCACCCUCUUGUUAACAUUCAUGACCUGGUGGGAGCACUCCACCUGCCUGAAGACGCUGUGGUGUCUCCACCUGAUCUUAACCACGCCCUGGCUGUGGCUGCUGCUGGACAAGGGGUUCAGAUCCUGGAGCGAACCAGUGUUCAGCAGGUUCUCGUAGAGAAGGGUCAAGUGAUGGCGGUGGAGACUGACCGUGGCUCCAUUGAGUGUGAAUAUUUCAUCAACUGUGCUGGACAGUGGGCUUACGAGCUGGGCCAGGCCAGUGAGAUGAAGGUGUCUGUUCCUCUUCAUGGCUGUGAACACUUCUACCUCCUCACCAAACCUCUCCAGGAGCCACUUCCACUUAGUACACCAGUGGUGACCGAUAUGGACGGCAGGAUAUACGCACGGCCAUGGCAGGGAGGCCUUCUGUCAGGGGGCUUCGAGAAAAACCCCAAACCAAUCUUCACGGAGGGCCGCAACCAGCUGGAGAUCCAGAACAUGCAGGAGGACUGGGACCACUUUGAGCCAAUGCUGAGUUCCUUGCUGAGGAGAAUGCCAGCUCUUGAGUCAGCUGAGAUCCAUCAGCUGGUCAACUGUCCGGAGUCGUUCACACCUGAUAUGCGCUGUCUGAUGGGGGAGACGCCGGGUGUCUCUGGCUACUAUGUGCUGGCAGGGAUGAACUCCUCUGGCCUGGCCUUCGCAGGAGGAGCCGGCAAGUACCUGGCAGAGUGGAUGACCUAUGGCUAUCCCACUGCCAAUGUCUGGCCACUGGACAUCAAACGCUUUGGCAACCUUCAGAGCAGCCGAACCUUCCUGCGACACAGAGUAAUGGAAGUUGUGCCUCUGCUGUACGAACUAAAAGUUCCUCGGUGGGACUUUCAGACUGGGCGUCAGCUGCGGACCAGCCCUCUGUAUGACCGCCUGGACACCCAGGGAGCUCGCUGGAUGGAGAAACAUGGUUUUGAAAGGCCCAAAUACUUUGUUCCCCCGGGGAAAGAUCUGUUGUCUCUGGACCAGAGUAAGACCUUCUACAAGCCCGACUGGUUUGACAUUGUUGGAGCAGAAGUGAAAUGCUGCAAAGAGGCUGUCUGUGUCAUCGACAUGUCCUCCUUCACCAAGUUUGAACUGACUUCAACGAAGGACCAGGCCCUGGACCUGCUGCAACAUCUGUGUGCAAACGACCUGGAUGUUCCAGUUGGACAUAUCGUCCACACCGGCAUGCUGAAUGAGAGGGGAGGCUAUGAGAAUGACUGCAGUGUGGUCCGACUCAGCAAGAACAGCUUCUUCAUCGUCUCUCCAACAGACCAGCAGGUCCACUGUUGGUCCUGGAUAAAGAAACAUAUGCCCAGUGACCCACACCUCCAUCUAGAGGAUGUCAGCUGGAAGUACACCGCUUUAAAUCUGAUUGGACCUCGUGCAAUGGAUGUUUUGGCAGAGUUGUCAUAUGUUUCCAUGACCCCUGACCACUUCCCCUCCAUGUUCUGUAAGGAAAUGAGUGUUGGCUAUGCCAACGGGAUCAGAGUGAUGAGUAUGACUCACACUGGUGAACCGGGUUUCAUGCUCUACAUACCUAUAGAGUAUGCUCUGCAUGUGUACAACGAGGUGAUGUCAGUCGGUCAGAAGUACGGGAUUCGUAAUGCAGGGUACUACGCACUGCGCAGCCUACGCAUAGAGAAAUUCUUUGCCUUCUGGGGUCAGGACCUCGACACCUUCACCACCCCGCUGGAGUGUGGACGAGAGUUCAGGGUCAAGUUUGACAAGGACACAGAUUUCCUAGGUCGUGAGGCCUUACUGCAGCAGCGUCAGGAUGGUGUGUCUCGGCGGUUCGUCAUGCUGGUUCUAGAGGACCACGACACUGAGCUGGACCUGUGGCCAUGGUGGGGCGAGCCCAUCUACUGUAACGGUCAGCUAGCCGGGGCGACCACCAGCAGCGCCUACAGCUACACUCUGGAGCGCCAUGUCUGCCUUGGCUUUGUAUCUCCACCGCCAGGCCCGGAGGGGCUCCCCACACCCAUCACCCCAGACUUCAUAAACCGUGGGGACUAUGAGGUGGACAUUGCUGGCCAGCGCUACCCAGCCAAAGCCAAACUCUACCCCUUCAGCUCCCUCUUCACCCAACAAAAACGGCGCAAGGAAGACAUGGAGCUCAGCAACCUCCAGGGGAAGUGAUGCGGAGCAAUGGAAGGCCUCGCGUUUGUCCUCAGUAGGGGCUUUUGUGACACUCCUUCAGCUCACCAAAUCCACUCCUGCACUUACCUCGCAGUGCCAACCUAUGGUCCCUUUUCUAGCACUUAAUCUGAGGGCUGUAUGCACAAUCACUCCUUGUCCCUCUAAUAUUUAACUUCCACAUUACAUCUCCCUCUUUUAAAGUGCAAUAUUUAAGAGGCACCAAAUGCUCGAGCUGUAUCAAACACAGAGCUGCUGUGUCAUCGAAUUCUGCAGUUCUUCUUCAGCCCUCACUCAAACACAGUCCACACAGUCUCAAAGGCUGGUUUACUGCGACAGCCUGCGGUUAAGUGCCUUUGUCAAGGCAACAUUGACAAUAUGUGCUGAGGACUCUCUCACUUUGUACACUUUAACCCAUCCAGAAGGGAUUUUGACCGACAAUCUUCUCUGGUAGUGUUCAAGUCACCGCAACGUUUGAGCGCUGCACAGUCUAGAAGAGUCUGAAAGAAAUGUCAGUCAGUGCUGUUGAGCAAAUACCUACACAGUCAAUGUAGUUUUUUGACUUCAGUGUCAUUCUACACAUUUUAAAUUUGCUGCUGUAAAGAAUGUGAGUGGUGUGGCGUGGCCUAAUUGACAUACAUACAUACAUACAUACUAUCAUCCCCACUAUGUUAUCGAUAACAAUGAAGGGAUGUCCCGUCAUUAAAUAUCCUUCCCAGUUGGGGAAAAUGCCUGGACAAGCCAUGGAAAAGAAUCGGGAAGCCUGAUUUAAUCAUUAGUAAACUGUUGUCUCUUGUGCCGCACAUCACUCCUCAUCCAGUCGUGUUAAAAAGACCUCCCAGUCUCUCCUAAAAGCUUCAGAGAAAAGCAAAACGACCUUUGUCCGUUGAUAAUGUCUUUAUCAACAACUUUCAGCUCCCCUGGUGUUAUUCUGCUGCGUGUCGAGCUUGUAAUGUAUCCUCGGUAAAAUACUCCGGCCUGUUAUUUAUGUUUUGUGCUCAUUUUGAAGCAGCGUUGCUCUUGUUUUGUUUUACUGAUGUGCUGCUGAAUGUGUGGCUGAUGUCAGCUGACCCACAGAUGAAGGCAGAAUGGGAAAGCUGUGACCACAGCUGUAAUCCAGAGUCCACGAUAUCUUACGAUGGUGAUUCGAUUUUUUGCCUGAUCCAGAGCUGCGCUGUUUCUUCACUGAAAUAAAGCAAUGUAUUUUUCUAUAGCUAGUGCAUAUAAAAUCUCUAUUUUCAGUACUGCACAUUUUUUCUUGUCAGUCAGUUUUAAAUUCUAUCAACCAUAUGAGUCAUCGAGGCUUUGGUGAGUCAUUUCAUUCUUGCAAUUCUGAUUAUUUCAAAUGCUUUUCAGAGUUGUUCUGUUCAUGUAAAUGCCAUUUGUUAGCAACAGCUUGACAUUUUCCUACAUGCACAUUUGUAUACAUCUUUAAAGUAAUUUGGUCCUUUUGGAUGCUGUGGAGAACAAUGUUCAGAUAAGAGUGGCAGUUAAAAGUCCGGCCAGUCACAUCGUACUGGGCAAACAUUUGACCCAUGAGUGUUUCAUUAGUGUGUGAGUACUGUGUGUUGUCAGAAGGCUCUGCAUCAAACUGCGUGCAGACCUGCAGGAAACUUAAAGUUAUCUUGACUGGCGAUGGAGCAAAAACCACAGCUGCCACACACACUGAAUGCCUUACUGACUGUGAGGGGUACACAAAACUACAAGAAGAUAAUGGAGUGGGAAUGUAGAUACAGAGCAUAGAUUAUAGAGGAAUACUUUUUUUUUUUUAAUUGUGAAAAAUGCUCAUCACAAUUGAUGUCCAAAGUGACAUCUUCAGAUCCAACCAUCAGUCCAGACGCCUCUCCUCAUUUACCAGAAAUGACAAAGCAACGUUUAAGAAGGUGGAACCAGCAAAUGUUACGAUGCUUUUGCUUGAAAAGUGAAACUGUCGACCGUGAUCAACC